CAGGCGGCCGACAGAGCGAGUGCGAUGUCGCAUGAUACUGCGGAAUCGUAGUGCUUGCGCAAUUUGUUGUGCAUCGUACAGUAAACUGACCCGGCGUCGAAUCGUAAAUAGUACAGAUACGCGAUAAUAGUUCUCCGAUAAUAUUGCUCCGCUUGCCACGGAAGAUCCCGCUUGUCCCGAAUUACCGGCAACAUGGAGAUGCCUGUGUUCCCUGAGACAGUCGCCCAACAGCUAAAACAGUUUGCUCAGCAAUGCAUGGACGAUUCGUCCCUCCUGCACGAUCCAAAGCUCUUUUUCAUCAAGGAGCUGAUAGAGCACUACGGCGGCAAGAUACCGGAACCCAAAGCCAAUGACUCAUCAGCCAAGAGCGAAUCUAAAAGUGCAUUUGAACCUGAAGCCGAGCCUGAAGUUGAACCUGAAUAUCAGGCUGAAUCUGAAUCCGAGGAGGAGGAGAGCGACGUGGAGCUGGAUAUGACUGGCGUAAUUGAACCGGAUCAAGAUCCUCCUCAGAAAAUGGGAAAUCUAACCUUGCAACCCACAGAGGAGGAGAUCGCCGAGUCGCAGGCAAAACGAUCCGAGGCAGUCUCUGCAUUCGUCGAGAAAGAUUACGAGAAAGCCAUACAGUUGUACACGGAAGCCAUCGUGUUGAAUCCACAGGCAGCUCUAUUGUACGCCAAACGCGGUCAGAUCUUUCUGCUGUUGAACAAGCCGAACGCCUGCAUCCGUGACUGCGACCGCGCUCUAGAAUUAAACCCAGACAGCGCGGCGGCUCAUAAAUUCAGAGGAAGGGCGUGUCACCUGCUGGGAAAGUUUGAAGAAGCGGCGAACGACUUGAGACUGGCCUGUAAGUUCGAUUUCGAUGAACAAGCGGACGAAUGGUUGCGCGAGACUACACCAAACGCGCGAAAACUAGAGGAGCAUAAGAGAAAGAUGGAACGAAAGAGGCAGGAGAAAGUGGAACGCGAGAGGCAGGAAAGAUUACGAAAAGCGCGUGAAGCCGCCAAAGCUCGCGAGGAGAACACGCGAACUUCUCAGACGGACGCGGAUAACGCGUCUCCCGGCACGGGAGAUUUCUACCAAUUCCUCAAAGAUCCCGACGUUCUUCAAGCUUUCCAGGAUGCGGAAGUUGCCGAGGCAUUCAAGGAUAUCUCCGCGAACCCAAUGAACGUUCUCAAAUAUCAGAAUAAUCCCAAAAUAAUGGCUCUCAUCAACAAAAUGGCCUCGAAAUUCGGCGGUGCUGCUGGCAUGCCGGGCGGCAUGCCUGGUUUCCCUGGCGCCGGGAUGGGACAUCCCAAUCCUCCGAAACCGACUCCUAAGGACGACGUUGGUCUUGACUAAUUGCGAACACGCCACGGCGAUUCGUGUGAUUUCGCAGAACAACUCUCCGUGUCUUGAUUAAUUGACUUAUUAAGUGUUAAUUCGCUUUUUUUUCUACAUUGCAAUGGGUUGCGCUAAAAAGAAUAACGCGUUCUUUCCAAAAGAACUAAUAAGGUAAAAAAGCGAUGAUACGGAGUGUUGAUUCUAAAGUGUGUCCACAGACUCUUAAAAUUCCUGUUGAUUCUUGCUAAUACUUUGUCUUCGCUCUAUAUUAUUUGUCUGCAAAAGUUCGACUUAAACAUUUUUAAGUUAGAAACUGGCGCAUUUUAGAAUCAACAAAGAAUUUGCGUUAAGUUUCUCACGUCAAGUCUUGGUUCCAGACGAGCGCCUUUAAUGAAUUAAAGGAAAGUCAUUGUUUAUAUCUCUUGCUAUAUACAUUGAGGAGUAUGUAUGUAAAACCAGAUAUAUAUACGUGGCAUGCAUCAGUGAUAUGUCUGUAUCUUCAGAAGAACUUUUAUUGUGGAUCAAUAUAGUUUGUUAAUACAUUACAGAACUUUUUGUUUUCUAAGAAGACGAAUUUCGUUGUGCAUGUGCGUUACGUUUCAUUACCUAAUGCCCCCAUUGAUCGUACUCUGUUUAUAUUCAAUAGAUCCUUGAACAGAUGUGUUUCUAAAGUAACGUUACAUGCAAUUAAACGUGUUUGACUUGCAAGAUCGACACGACAGUAAGUAUCUCUAACUUCUCGACAUUUAAAAUUUCUCAAUUAGCUUCAAGUUGAUCAUCGAUAUUUUAUUUUUGCUCAGUUUGCUUAUCGUUCACGUAUCAGUGCCAUAAUUAAGAUCGCAGCCGUUAAUUACGCGACACGAGUAAGCAAUUUCUUAUAUAAAUAAUUUGGGAAAUAAAAAAUUUAUCAAAUGAGAGGAAAUUUACGAUUAUUAUUAGACGAUUAACAUCUCCGCGCAUUGUUAAUGAGAGAGAACGAAAUCGGCACUGCCUUGCUACCUUUCAUUGAGCGGUUUGUUCAAGAGGUGCAAUGCAAUCAUACGUUGGUAAAAUCAAACAAUACACCGGACAUGAAGCAACGGUGCCUCGUAUGCAAAACAGGUAUAAACUGCCACGUUGAGUACUUCUAAGGUAUCCAAAUAAUGCGAUCUAAUGUUCUAAAAGAAAUCUCAGUAGCAGAAUUCCAUUUAUCAGAAUCAUUCUUCAAGCUCCAUAAAUAAUUUUUACGGCGGAAAUCUUGUAUUACAUACGAUGAUUAUUAAGUAUGUAACUCUUUAUUUUACAUUAAUAAGCAAAACGCGAAGAUAGUCGUCGAUUUACAAGUAACAUUAGGAAUUUAUAAUUUUAAGACUCUGGUGUUAAACCAAAAAACACUAAACCAAAAUUAAGCGAUUAACGAUUAAUGAACACCGAUCGUGUGUCUACUAAUAACAAUAAAAUUUCGCAAGCCGUUAAUAGUGAAUCGAAUAGAUGUUAAUUCUCUUCGGAAAUGAUUAGAGCUGUAUAUUCGAGAUCGAUAGAUUGAUGUAGGUAAGACUACUACAUAUACUUAUGUAACUCUGAUUAUAUACAUGUUAUUCGCAGUAACAUGUAAAGGUGAUAAGGACUUUAUCUUUUAGAAUACAUACGAUAAGUAGAGAGUUCUGAUUAUUCCAAUAAACGGAGUUCCACCGAGAGGAUUCUUGUUGCGUGUGUGAUCCUGUUAGAUCCGUAUAUAAAAUGUUUGCAAUAAAUAUAUACAAAAA